CAAUAUAAAAGGAAUCAAUCAAUAUAUAUCAGAAUGGGAGCGACGGUGUUCACACAGGAGUAUUCAAGCCCAAUCGCAGCACCACGACUGUUCAAAGCAUUGAUCCUAGAUUCCAGCACUCUCCUCCCAAAACUCCUGCCUCAGUUCGUCAAAGACGUCACCGUUCUUCAAGGUGACGGAGGACCUGGAACCAUUGAACAAGUUAACUUCGCUCAAGAGGGGCCUUUCAAAUAUCUGAAGCACAGGAUUGAUGAGGUUGAUAAGGAAAAUCUGGUGUGCAAAUACACAAUGAUCGAAGGAGGCCCCCUGGGAGAGAAGCUUGAGUCGAUAGGUUAUGAGGUGAAGUUUGAAGGAAGCAGUGAAGGUGGUUGUCUCUGCAAGAUGACGAGCAAAUAUUACACAGUGGGAGAUGGACAAGUCAGAGAAGAAGACGUUAAAGAAGGAAGAGAAAGCACUAUUGGAAUCUACAAAGUUGUGGAAUCUUACCUGCAUGACAACCCACAAGCCUAUGCUUAAAUUCAAUGAUUAUGUCCUCUCAGUAAUUUUCUUUUCUUGGAUCUUGUCUUCGUUUUACAGAAACUCGUCAAACCCAUUCUUCAAUAUUGUUAAAUAGAGGUGUGCAAAUAAAUUGUGUGGGAGAUUUGCAAUGAUUACGCAAUAACUGCUGUUCUCUUAUCUCUUCCAUGUAUGGCCCAAUCUAACUUAUGCGGGCUUAUCAUAUUAAUAUGUAAUGCUUAAUUUUUUUAAUUAUUUUAUCC